UUCAUGACCGAUGCGGGGAUGAUUUUCCGUGGUGUAUACAUGGAAACUUGACGCGCACAACGGUACAACUCGGUUAAUUUCGAUCCGAUUCGGCCAAGAUUCACGCUAAUUUUACGCACAUCUACAAAAAGAUGUAUUAAAAUUGCAAACAGAGGCAGAAAACACGAUCAGAGUGGAGGACAAGAUUAAUCGUAAAAUUCCGAAUUAUUAGAUUUUUGACGGGACAUCAUUUCCAAGGCUAAAUUCGAUAUACGCGUGACAGACGAUUUACUCGACCGGGAAGUCUAGAGCCAAUUUACCGGAUCGAUCAAUCAUUCGUAGAGAAGAAGGAACGUCGAUGGUACAUUGAAUGCGGUGGCUUCGUCGAGUACUCGUCCACGUCACGUCCAAAGCAUACGUAUACAUACACUUGUACGCACGAAGCGCUGCUUGAAGUGGUACAACAUAUAUUGAGCAUUUUAUACCGCAUACUACAGCUGUUACGAAAGCUAUCGGGAACGGCGACGGACUCGUGACCAAACUAGGCCUCCUCGGGGGAGGUCCUAGGAGAACCCAGAGAUGAUAGAUCCCAGCUCGUCGGAAGAGAGCGACGACGAGAAGAAGGAUUCCAAGGAUGUCGGAGCAGGGGGUGGGGGUAGUAGCGGUGGCGGCGGUGGAGCGCGCGGUGGAAGCGGCAGCUCGUACGGCUCUCGACGACAAAUCGGGCCGGGCGGGAGCCUCGGGGGCGCGAGUGGUCCCGCGAGCGGAAGCGCGAGUUCCCUGGCCUCGGGGACCGCGUCUCCCGGGGGGUCCAGUCACGGGCCCAUCGGGACGCCCCGUGGCGGCGGGCAGGACCUUGCGUCGGCCCGGGACGCCUCGGGCCUCGCCGCUGGCAGGAACUCGUUGUCGCCGUCGAUGUCUGCCGCGCAAGACGCGGCCAGUUAUUCUCAGAGACCCACCAGUCCUUCGCCUUCGGUCGCCAGCGAGAAAACCGAGGCGAAUUUGCAGGAUAAACAAGAACGCGAGGAAGAGGAAAGAAAGACCAGAAUUCAGCUGUACGUGUUCGUGUCAAGAUGCAUUUCUUAUCCGUUCAAUGCCAAGCAACCGUUGGACAUGCCCAGGCGGCAAUUAAAAGUAACCAAGCAACAACUCGAGACGAUAUGCUCCCGCUUUCAGAGUUUCUUGAAGGGUGAGACGCAAAUUAUGGCGGACGAAGCGUUUCGCUACGCCAUACAGAAUUACCACGACGUGUUCUUAGCGUCGGACAGGGUAAUUCAGAUGGUGCAGAGCGGCGCUUGUUCGCAGAUCGACUUUCGCGAAGUAUUCAAGAAAAACAUCGAAAUACGCGUACGGCGGCUUCCAGAAAUGAAUGGUCUGAGCAAAGAGACUGUGCUUACGUCCUGGAUGGCCAAGUUCGAUUGUAUCAUGAAAGGUACGGGUGACGAGGAGACGAAAAGGCCUUCCAGGAUGCAACAGCAGUCUCUGAUUUCGGAGAUGAUAUUGUCCAAGGAACAGCUGUACGAUAUGUUCCAACAAAUUCUUGGUAUCAAGAAAUUUGAACAUCAGCUUCUGUUCAGUGCCCUUCUCUUGGAUUCAGCCGACGAACAGGCGGCCGCCAUUAGGCGGGAGCUGGACGGUCGCCUCCAAAAGGUCAACGAAAUGGAAAAGAACCGCAAGCUUAUGCCCAAGUUGCUCCUGAAGGAGAUGGAGUCGCUCUAUAUCGAGGAGCUGAAAUCAUCCAUCAACCUGCUAAUGGCCAAUUUGGAGUCGUUACCGGUGUCAAAGGGUUCGAUAGACGGCAAAUACGGGCUACAGAAACUAAAGCGCUACAAUCAUCGGCGCGAACGCUCCCGCUGCCGUGGUCAAGGUUCCCUGAAAUUAGAAAGCGACUCUGCCGAUACCGAACUCCAGCUGACGAAAAUGGACGUCGGCCUGACGUUCCAAUUGGCCGUGGUCGUGAUCGAAGUUAGAGGCUUGAAGAGCUUGCCGCCUAAUAAGAUAGUUUAUUGCACGAUGGAAGUCGAGGGUAGCAAGAAACUGCAAACGGAUCACGCGGAGGCGUCGAAACCUAUGUGGGACACGCAGGGUGAUUUCACUACCAUGCACCCGUUACCGGUGGUCAAGGUUCGCCUGUACACCGAGAACUCGGCAAUGCUGGCGCUCGAGGAUAAAGAAUUGGGAAAAGUUAUCAUAAAGCCGACACCGUUCGCUUCGAAACAACCGGAAUGGUAUCGAAUGUCGGUCCCGAAGAAUUGCCCCGACCAAGAUCUUCGAAUAAGGAUCAGCUGUCGAAUGGACAAACCGUUCAACAUGAAACACUGCGGCUACCUCUACGCGAUAGGCAAAUCCGUCUGGAAAAAAUGGAAGAAACGUUACCACGUUCUCGUCCAGGUUUCUCAGUACACGUUCGCCAUGUGCUCGUACAAAGAGAAAAGGAGCGAGCCCUCGGAAAUGAUGCAGCUCGACGGUUACACAGUCGAUUACACCACACCGGUUUCCGCCAACAUCAUGUUCGGCGCCAACUUGGACGGUGGCAGAUUUUAUUUCAAUGCCGUGCGCGAUGGCGAUACCAUAGUGUUCGCGUCGGACGACGAGAACGAGUGUCAAACCUGGGUGAUGGUCAUGUACAGAGCGACCGGCCAGUCGCACAAGCCUACCCCGCAAGUUUCGGUCGUCGAUAAAAAUUCUGGCACGAACAAGCUACAGGGCGACGACAGAGCGAAGAAGCACGGGAUGGAGGAUUACAUUAGCGCGGACCCUUGCAAAUUCGAUCAUCACGGUCUUUUCAAAUUUCUCCAGAACUUGAUUCUAGAUUAUCGAUUGAAUGAUCCGUAUUGUUCUCUAGGCUGGUUCUCACCUGGCCAAUUGUUCGUUUUGGACGAGUAUUUUGCUAGGUACGGCGUGCGAGGAUGUUUUCGGCAUUUGUGUUACUUGAGCGAUCUGCUGGACAGAAUCGACCGGGGCCUCAUGAUAGAUCCGACCCUCGUGCACUUUAGCUUCGCCUUUUGCGCUACGCAUGUCUACGGGAACAGGACCGACAGCGUUGGAUCGAUCACCUACGAAGAGAAGGAGAAAUUCCAAGAAAUCAAAGAGCGGCUACGACAGAUUCUUGAAAACCAAAUCACCAACUUCAGGUACAGCUUUCCAUUCGGCCGGCCGGAAGGUGCACUGAAGGCGACUUUGUCGCUUUUGGAACGUGUCAUGAUGAAGGACGGCGUCACUCCGGUGGCACCGGAAGAAGUGAAGAACUUGAUCAAGGGUUGCCUAGAGACCGCGGCGCUCGUUAAUUACACGAAACUCUCCGCCGAAGCGAAGAUCGAGGACGAUUUGAGCAGCGACGUGUGCGUUCCACCUAGCAAGAAGCUCGAAGAUCUUAUACACCUGUCUGAAAUGUGCGUGGAUCUGCUUCAGCAAAACGGGGAACAUUACUCGGAGGUUGUACCGCAGGCGUUCGCCUGGUUUAGCGAGCUCAUGGUGGAGCACGCCGAAAUCUUCUGGUCCUUGUUCGCCGAAGACAUGAACAAGGUGCUCGUUGAACAACCGCCGGACACGUGGGACAGCUUCCCACUGUUUAAGAUCUUGAACGAUUACUUGAGGGAAGACGACAAUUUAAAGAAUGGUAGGUUUCAUCAACAUCUGCGCGACACUUUUGCACCGCUGGUUGUACGUUACGUUGACUUGAUGGAGACGUCGAUCGCUCAGUCGAUUCAGAAAGGAUUCGAGAAGGAACGAUGGGAAAUCAAAGGUAACGGUUGCGCCACGUCCGAGGAACUCUUCUGGAAGCUGGACGCUCUCCAAUCUUUCAUUCGCGAUCUCCACUGGCCGGAUCAAGAAUUCCGGCAGCAUUUGGAACAGAGGCUGACCUUGAUGGCUUGCGACAUGAUCGAAUCGUGUAUUCAACGGACCGACACCGCUUUUCAGCAGUGGCUGAAGAAAGGCGUGACCUUCACCUCGACGGACUAUAUCAUUCCCUCGGAAAUGUGCGCGAUGAUCAACGUUAUUUUGGACGCGAAAAAGCAAAACUUGAAUCUGUGUACCAUCGACGGUGUAGAUGUGCACAACUAUCACGCCAAAAUCGACGACCUGAUCGAGAAAACCUCGGCUUCCAUGACCCAAGGGAUGAUCAAUAAACUGAUCACCGUGCUGGAAACAACAUUGUCCAAGUUAUCCCGUUACGACGAAGGCUCCUUUAUAGGUUCCAUUCUUAGUUUCACGAAGGUAUCGGGAAGCGGAAAAGAAAUGGGACAGGCCUACGUCAGUUUUACGCGAAAUUGCAUGGAUCAGAUUCGUGGCAAAGUUAUGGACGAUUUAUGGAUUCUGACGUGUUUCGAGCAAUGGUACGCCGCACAAAUUCAGAUGCUGUGCACUUGGCUGAUGGGACGACCCGAAUGCAGCUUGCAUUUGUAUCAGUGUACCUGUCUGGCUCAUAUCGUAAAAAAGAUUUAUUCCGAUUUUGAGCUGCAGGGUGUGACGGAGGAGAAGCUGAACUCAGACCCAUAUCAGGUUACAUCUAAGAGGAUGCAAACGGAAGAAGCGAAUUGUGCCUUAUCCAUGAGCGCUCAGAACGAAGAGGGGCUUUCGGAGAAUGGUAACGACGACGAAGAGCGCCCGAAGACAAAGGUAACGAUCGUCGAGAAUGUUGCUGGCGAAGACGCAAAUUAUGUGGCUAACAUCAGCAACGUUACAUCGAACGUUGUCGGAAAAGUUGGCAGUAUGUUCGGGAAAGGCAUCGGUGGACUUUCUACGAAAUUCAGUGGAGGCAGUUGGUUCUAAUUACUAAGGCUUUACUUACACGGGAGAAACACCUCGAAACGCCGAAUAAACGAAACGAAACGAACGAUCGAACGAACGGAAAGUUGUAAUUCUAAAAAAAGAAAAAAAUAGAUUUGAUCGUUUUGUUCUUGUUCGGCGCACGAGGCGACAAAAAAAAGAGGUAUUAUACAUAUAGCGAAUGUUAUGAUAAUAGGAGGAAUGCGUAACAUUCGUUCAGCUAUUCUUUCGUUGGGAGAGACGAAGGAUGCGUGCUACAUUCUCUAUAUUAGCGAAUUCGAAUACAGUUGUCGAUAACAGUUUCUUUGUACAUAUUCUAGUAAAAAAAAAAGAGGGUACGAGGAGAAAGGAAAAGGAGAUUUUUAUACCGUGUAAAUUAACAGGUUGGAACGCGAUUGCGCGCGUCCACUAAAUGCGUAGUCGAAUCGUACGUGUUACGAUUUUACGCUUCACGAUUCACGAUUUACGAAUGUACCAUGUACCAUUGUACCAUGUGCGAUUCACGAUUUACGAUUUACGAUCUACGAUUUACGACUGUGAACUAAGUCGGCGAACCAUGUCGUCGAGCACCAGAUGCAAAUUCUCAUUCGUUCGAUUCGACUCGUCUGGCAAAUUUCUUGGAUUAGCCGUAUUGCAAACGAUCAAUAUUAAUUCGACAGAGAGAAAUUUGAAACAACGCGCGCAUCAGUUGCAAUUUGUUCUUUCAUAUCAGAAAUGCCUUUCGUAGCCUUCGUAUAGGCGAAACAAUGCGUACAUUGCGUACGUAUAUUGCGUACAUAUAUAAGUGUCGCUUCUCGUUUCAUGGGAUUCACAAGAUAUCGAUGGAAUGAUAAGGAAGGACGAUUCUAUGGUCAUGGUUAGCACUAGGUUUUGUAGCGAGCUGCGCGAGAGGGUCGAUACUAUUUUCGAUGCGGUCGAAGGAAGUUUGAUUCUCCUUGAAAUCUAUUCCUUCUUUUCGGUAAAAAAAUCGUUGCGUUGCGUUGCGUUGCGCUGCGUUGCGUUGCGUCGCGCUGCGUCGCGUUCCGUUGCACUGCGUUUGCAUUGCGCUGAGUUGCGUCGCGUUACGCCGCGUCACGUUGCGUUACGUUGGUUGCACCGUCUUAUAAUGGCCCACCACCGAAUACAUCGGGACGUCAGAACAGAUUAUUCGAGGCCUUUGAUAAAUAUAAACUGUAUCAUUUAGUCGCAAAGCAGCGUCAACGUUUUUCGACGCUACACUGUCAACGAGAUGGCUAUUUUUCGGCCCCCCAACGUGCUAAACGAACAGACGUACAACCGAGAGUAGUGAAAUGUUAUCAAAACCAAAGUUAAAUCGUUGUAGCGUACUUACAGCCGAUGUUAACGGUACUACAAUUAAUAUAAUUACUAUUACUACUA